AUGAGAGUUUCAACACCACCUGAUCCUUGCUGCAAAUGCUUGGAAGAAUUCGAAGAAGAAAACGAAUCAAGCUGUUAUUGUGCUUACUGUCAUUGGUACUUGUGCAAACAGCACGCAGAGCAACAUCGAAAACUCAAAAUAUUUAAAUCACAUUCGGAACAAGUCGUUGAAUUAUUAAAUGGUGAAAACGGUUGCGUUGAUCACACCACAACAAGAACAUGCCCGUUGCAUCCUCCAUUUCCCAUUGAUACAUUGUGCGUGACUUGUUCAAAGUUAAUUUGUGCAAAAUGCGCCAUCUCCAUGAUGCAUAAGAGCCAUGAUUGUCAUCUAUUGGAGGAGAUUGAAGAAAAGGAAAGAGAAACCACACGUCACAUGUUGGAAGAAAUAUCGAACAAGCUUGAGGAGUGGGAACACAAUUUCAAUGCAAACGAUGAGAGUAUUUCGAAUGCAUUUCAACAAAUCAAAGAAAGACGAGAGGAAUGUGAAGCUACCAUCAACAAACAAGUGGAGCGAUUGAAAAGUAAAAUUGAUGACAAAGCACAAGCACUCAUCGAGCAAGUCCAUGAAAUCGAAAAUAGAAAUAUCGCUACCUUGUAUAAAAUCAAGACUAUGAAAGAAGAGAUCAAACAAUUCAUUCAAGGUUGGAACAUUAAUGAUUGCUCUAUCCAUGACCUUGUUUCGAAGAGACUGAACGAAUCGGAUUCUAUAAAGAACUGCCGAGAGAAACUAAUGAAUACCACGUCGUAUAUUGAUACACUUCAUGAGUUUACGAUUGAAAAUUUAGAUUCUUGUUGCUACAAAAUUGAGGAAAUAUUAGAUUGGAACUUUGGUCAAGUGUUGGAAGGAGACCUCGAUAUCCAAUCAUGUCACAUAGAUCCACACGACAUCAAUGUAUUGCAAGAAAACGAAUGGAAAACCAAUAAGUGGUUGAAUUUUGUGGUACAUGUCCGAAAUGCAAGAGGAACAGGUCUUGAAAGACGAGAAUUUGCUCUCAGAUCCUUCUUGUGCAACAACGAGGAUGGACAAGAGAUGAUGAACACCCCUCAACAACAGAAGCAAAGUAUCAGUGACGAGGGUCAAGGUAGAUAUCGAAUCCAACUUCCUGUUCCAGAGAUUGCAGAAACGCCAAUGGAAACCAAACAAGUCGUAAGGUUGCACGUUCAACUUCUCCAACAUGACAUUCCUGGAUCUCCACUUGCAAUCACAAUCACCAACAAGCAGACGAUUCAAUUCUUGGGUUUUGUCACAUGGUCUCAACACUCGCAAACUCAAACGCUCCAACAACAAGACACUCUCAUGCAUGAAGCAGCUAAGAGACAAUUCGGAAAUGACGCCUAUGCUCUCUCAGCAAAGGAAUUUAGCACGGAAUUGGAGAUUGAGAAUUUGCCCUCUCACAAUACUUCAGGAUUCUAUUUGACGUUUACCUCACCAGACAAUACUGGCAAUCUGAGCUCUACUUCCUUGUCUGGAGUUGCUUUGAAAGGAGUGUCUCCAGGUUACUCGCUUAACUUACCAGGGAUGUUUAAUCAUUUAUCUUUGACGAAUUCUGUUCGAGCUUGUUUGGCAGCGAGAAAGAAUUGA